CAUCUGUAAGAUUCGCAUCCACAAUGCGCCUAAAUAUCCUUAUAAUCCUCUUUUCCAUCCUCACGACUCUAGGUGAGUGUUCUAGAGGUGACAGGCUCCCCCGAUUCCAGGAAUGUCUCUCUUCGUGUAUAGCCUCGCUCUGCGAUCCCACCCUGGAAACCCUCCACUCGCACGCCUUUACACCUCUAAACCCGCUCCACAGACUUCUUCUCUGGGAUUGUGAGUCCGACUGCAACUACCAGUGUCGACGGAUAGUCACACAGGAACUCAAACAAGCACACUUGCCAGUGGAGCAGUUCUACGGGAAGUGGCCAUUCAUCCGUGUGCUCGGGACCCAGGAACUUUUCUCGGUGGUGUUCUCCCUCGCCAACCUUUAUGUGAAUUACAAGGCGUUCCAGACGGUUCAGAGCUAUAAAAAGAGCCUAGAAUCCGGGGCUGCGGCCGCAGCCAUGGCGAGUCAGUAUCUAACCUUGAUUCUGACCAGUUGCGCGGGUUGGUUGGCCAGCACGGUGUUCCAUGUCCGUGAUUUUGCCCUCACCGAAACUCUAGACUACUUUCUAGCCACUGGAAUCAUCUUGAACCAGUUAUUAGUGAUUUCUAUCCGUAUUUUCGAACUAUACAAGAAAGAAAACGCCAGGGUUUUAUUCAGAGUCCAAGUUUGUGCUGUGGUCUGGUACUUGUUUCACUGUAUCAAGUUGCUCCACUUUUGGGACUACCAGUACAACACCAACGUCAGCGUGGUGACAGGGCUUGCUACGAAUAUCCUAUGGACGGUCCAUAGCGUUAGAACCUAUAGAAAGGCUAAAAAGGACACCACCUUGAAUUCAGCAUUGAUUCCGUAUGAGAAUAGCGUGCUUGUCAAGUUGGCGGCGAUCGGAGUAAAGGCAUUUCCCGUCAGAUACCUUGGCUUGGUGCCCAUUUUCAUGAACUUGUGGAUAUUUGCCGGGAUGGCGUUUGAGCUCUUUGACUUUCCUCCAUGGUUUGACUUGGUUGACGGUCACGCGAUGUGGCACUUGGUUACCUUCUUUCCGCCGAUUGUGUGGUACGACUGGAAUAUCUGGGACUUGCAGUUAGAGAGAACCGAUGAGCUUGGCCGGUCAAAAUAGAAAAGGGGGACCAGCCCGUGUUAGCCACUGCAGGGGAGUAAUUUCCCCGCAGACGGAUGCAAAAAAAAAAAAGACGUGCUGUUUGCUGCUUUGUACGAAACGGGGUAAUUUCCGAAAUAUAGCUGAAAUGCUAUGCAUUGGAAUAGGUUUCCUUGCUGUAAAUAGAGUACAAACCUGGUAUAUACCCAGAGCCAAGAGUAACGUCAGCUGAACCUAAGGCACAUGCUUAAUCUGAGCAAAGCCUAUUUGAUUCUAGGCCUCGUCAAAUUUUAGCUCAUGCCGAAGGUGAGCUCAUACUUUGUAUAACUAAAGCAGCCAGGCCUGUGAGAGGUUGCAAACUCACAUAAACCUUCCUACCCCGAUGUGCGUCAAGGACUAACUUUAGAUAAACUCUGUUUUGGGAUCUUUCAUAUCGGGAUUUUAGAUCUUGGUUCAGACCAAAAUAUUAUUCCAACAACGGAAAUAAGCUUAAGUAUAUAUGAAUGUGCA